GUGUGAAUGAAGUUGUGCAAUUCAUUACUUUCAUUCGUUACCAGAUCGAUAAUUCUUUUACGUAAACCAAAACAAACAUUCUGUGAUAAUUGCUACACUCACCAAUAAGGUCAUAAGCCACCAUCGUUCAGUUAAACUUAUACUCAGUGAUUGUAAAGGCUUCCAUACGACAACACAAGCUUUUAUUUAUUCAAUUAUUAUAACUUGAAGCGUCAGUCGAACUGUCAUUAAUAUUGUCAUUUACGCGGCAAAAAUUGCGCUUAACAGAUUAUAUUUGAAUUACUAGCAAGGAGGUUUCAUAGCGCGAUAUAAAUAUAAAAUUUUUGUUCGCCCCCAUUUUUUUGUAGCAUUUUUAAUUUUUAUUUCUAUAAUGAAGACUCUAGUUGGACUUUUAUUGAUUCUCGGCAGCGUUUUGUGUCAAAGGGACGAAAUAGUAAGAAACGAUUUUGACGGACCUUACGAAGAUGGCUCCUUCAAAUGGGCGUUACAGACUGAGGGCGGUAUUUAUCACGAGCAGCGCUCGACGCCUCGCCAACAAGCGCCGCUGAUCGAAGGACAGUAUCAGUACAUUGCUCCCGAUGGACAGGUGAUCCGCGUGCUGUACACAGCUGAUGAGUUCGGCUUCCACCCCACCGGCGAUCACCUUCCGACGCCACCGCCAAUCCCACCACAGAUCCAAAGAGCCCUCGACUACGUCGCCAGACUCCGAGAUAAUAGGAUUUAAUAAAAAGAUUCAAUUAAACUGUGAUUUAUUUCAAACAA